AUGGCACUUUGUAGAGGUAGUUUAUGCAAGCCUCAAAUUCCAUUGCUUCCCCGUUCUGUAAAUUUGAUGCAAUCACCAACAAAAUUUUCAACCACUCCUUCACUAUCAAUUUCUGCCUCCAAAAUUCUUCGCAAUCCGCCUUUUCCACGGUUUUGCUGCACAUCCGAUUCCACCUCCUCCACGUCUUCUGUUGAAUGUAAUACGCCUUCUUCAACCAAAAUCUUCAUCAAAGGACUUCCCCUCUUAACCUCUGAAGUGGAUUUAGCCAAAGUGUUUUCAAUGUUUGGUGAAGUUACUAAAGUCAAGCUUUUGAUAGAUAAAGAAUCGGGACAGUCUCUAGGAUUUGCAUAUAUUUGGUUUGUCAAUGAAGAGUCUGCACAAUCGGCUGUAAAAGUGAUGAAUGGAAAGUUUUUUGAUGGCAGGUUUAUUUAUGUUACAAUCGCAAGGCCAGGAUCCUCAAAAAAUUUGAAGAAGACAAGAGCCUACAAAUUCUAA